GAGAGAAAGCAAAGGCGCCCCCCCCUCCCCACGCCUUAAACGCGUAAACUUGGUCUCCAAUCUUCCCCUGUCUCUCCCCUCUAUAAAUGCCCCUGCCUUCCUCGAGACCCAUCCCUCGAUCUCUCAAAAAUAAAUCCCUAGAAAAAAGCGCUGGAUCUCACCCUCGAUAAAAAUCCCCUGUCUAAACCUUGAAUCCCCAGUUUCUCUCCCUCCCUCUCUCCAGAUCUCACCCCGAUCUUUAAUUCUCUAGAGCAGGUUUCUUACUGCUCAUUUUCUCAAAAACGUUUGUGCUGCUGCUGCAAUUUCAAUGGCUGCAACUGUGGAUAUGUCUCUUGAUGACAUUAUAAAGAAAAACAGGGAGAGAGGUAGAGGACGAGGUAGGGCCAGCCGUGGACGUGGCCAUGGACCUGUUAGGUCCUUUAAUAAUGGAAGGAUGUCAGGGGCUGUUCGUAGAGGCCCUCUCUCAGUGAAUACUUGGCCAUCAAAAUACUCCAUUGCUAAGCCUUCUCGCAGAGUUAGGAGUUUGCCUUGGCAGCAUGAUUUGCUUAAGGAUAGCAUUAGAGCUGCUGGAAUAACAGGAGUAGAAGUUGGAACCAAGUUAUAUGUUUCAAACUUGGAUUAUGGGGUGACCAACGAAGACAUAAGGGAGCUCUUCGCAGAGGUUGGAGACCUGAAACGAUAUGCUGUUCACUAUGACAAAGAUGGUCGCUCUAGUGGCUCAGCUGAAGUUAUGUAUACAAGAAGAAGCGAUGCAUUUGCUGCUCUUAAGAAGUAUAACAAUGUUCUGUUAGAUGGAAAGCCCAUGAAGAUUGAGAUUGUGGGUCCUAAUCCAGUGGUGCCUAUUUCAGCUCGAAUGAAUGUUACUGGAGCAAAUGGAAAGAAGAAGAGAACUGUUUUUACGACACCUGGACUAGGUGGUGGAAGAGGUGCUGGUGCAAAUAAUCGUGGUUCUGGUCAGAGUCGUCGAGGAGGUGGGGAUCUAAGGAAUGGUACGAGGAAUGGCCGUGGUCAAGCUCCUGGCCGUGGUCGUGCUUCUGGACAAGGCCGUGGGAAGAAGCAACCUGUUGAAAAGUCAGUAGAUGAGCUGGACAAGGAAUUGGAAAGUUACCAUGCUGAAGCCAUGCAAACUUAAUUUCGAAAGUUGUUCCCAACUAGACAUAAUCAGUUUGUGUUCAUAGUCGCUAGUUCCACAAACUUGUUACUUGUAGUGAUGUCUGUUGUUCCUUUUCUCGCUAUCUUUUAACACUAACCUGGAAACUUUUUGUAACAGAGAAUGUUGGUUGUCUUUCCAACUCAUAAUAGCCUUCAUAUUUUCUGGAUUCUCUAUAUAUUGUAGGUGCAUGUAGUGUUA